AUGGUGCAUGUGCGCCCAGCAGGCGGCGACUCGCACCUGUCGUCGCCCACCUCCCCGACGUCUGCAUUCGGUUCAGAGCACGAGUCUGACAGGGAAUCUUUGGCCACGACAGUUCCGGAAACUGUUAUGGCAGAGCAGGUUACCAACGAUGUGGUAAAGGAAGCACAGUCGGUGGGACAUGCCGCGCCCACCGACGACACUGCGUCAACUACCAGCUCCUCCGCCGCCAAUGGCGAGCCGCCCUCGGGCCCCAACACGACGACUACUUCUUCACUAUCGACCAGCGUAGCAAGCGCUGCUGAUGCCCUGGCCGAUGACGCACGCGGAUCAGAAAAGGACCAAGCAAGUGCAGCAACGCAGACUUCUGAUGAGCGCACGCUCUCAGAUGCAGCACAACCAGAGACGAAAGACGCGCACCUGAAUGGCGACUCGGGCGAGCACUCGGGAGCCGAGUCGCAACAGGCCCCUGGAGAUGUGAGCGGCGGUUCAGACACAGACAUUAGCCGGCCAGGCAGCGUGGACCCGUCAAAAGAGGCUGCAGGCCAUGUACGCGCAAGCUUGGCCAAGAAGCCAUCCACCUUCAAAUCGGUCAACGUGACAAAAACCUUUUUGGCAAAGUCAGCCGUGUCUACGCCUGUUGCGCGACUGGGCGACAAGGCCGCCCCAGCCGUUCAGGCGAGCGCUCUGCUUGUACCAACCGCGCGACCCCGACUCGUAGCCAAGUCAGGCAGUGCCAAUGCUCCUCGAGCCCUGGGGAAGAUGAACGGCGCAGGUUCUGGUCCCGAUGCGAGCAAAGUCUGGAACAAGAACCAGCCCGUACCGCCGCCUCCACCCAAGCAAUUUACCGACGAAGAACUGAAACAGCAAUAUGGAAUCCACCUGGCAACACGCUUACAGGCAGACGAAGGCGGGAAGGAGGCGAAAUGGGCUGAUAUCGAUGAUGACGAGGAUGAUUGGGCGCCGGACACUGUGCAAUGGAUGGACGGCACGAAAUCUUCUGUUGCAGUGCCAGAAGUCCAACCUCCACCGCCUGAAGAGCCGAAGCAGACGCCCGUAGUCAGGGCUGAAGUGCCAGUAGAGGCCCCCAAUGAUGCGCCCACUACAGCUACGAACACCCCCAAACCAAGCGUCACUGGCGGAACCAAGACGAUUCUCAAGCCUGGAGCGCAUACGCAGCCACCAACAGGGAAGACGAGCCUUGUCUUGAAAGGCCAGCCAGAGAAGCCUUCCCUGGUAGCGAAACCAUCCGCUUCAGAGAAGAAGUCCCCAUGGGCAACACUGCCUCCUGUCGAGAAAGUCUCCCCUAUCCAGAUAAACGCCCCGCAACAGCAGCCUUCCCAGCAACGGUUCUCGCAACAAGACUCUCGUGGCUACGACCAUAUGCCCCCGCCGCCUGCAAAGGAGAUAGCCCCCGACGACUUCUCUAGACGCGAUGACCGUAGUAAUCGAGAACUGUUCAACUCACACAAUGGCCGCUACGAGCCGGUUCAUGAGAUGCGACGAACCUCCACGCGUGACGCCAACUUCCGACAGCAGCCAUCGGUCUUGCAGAGGCCCUCUCAAGACGGUCCAGCGGAGCCAUCGUCAGCGUUCCAGACUUCUAGGGCUAGUGCAGAUGCGCCGACGUGGGGCAGGAGGAGGAAUUCUUCAAAUGUCAGCGGUGGAAAUGGUCGACGAAUGUCUAUCGACAGACGUAGCUUUGAUCUUCCCAAUGGUUCAACGCCUGUUGAGCGACGACCAUCACAAUCGAUCAUUGAAGGAGACGCUACAGGCUCAUUAGCACCUCAACAGCCGCCGUCGCAGGCAGUGUCUCCCAAUGUUGCAAAAGCGCAUCCAGCUUCGCCUUACCCCGCAGUUGUCUCGCCCGUUGUACAAGACGUACCCACGCCGAGUGCUCCAGCUCCAGUGGAAGACCCCGUAGAAGUACAAAAGCGACUGAUGGCUGAGAAACGGGAGCGUGCUCGUGCCAAGAAACAGCAAGAGCAGGAAGCAGAGAAAAAAGCAGAGGCGGAAAGAAAGGAGCGUCUCGCAAAGAAACUCGCUGCUCUAGCACCUCCCGUUGAGCCAAAGUCGAAGGUCAAAGAGCAGUCUCCUUCGCGUGCUUCAGAGAAAUCCGUCCAGAAGGAGAAGGCUGCUCCUGCACCUGUACAGUCCCCGCCAAAGCCGCCGGUUCCAACAGUCGAAGGCGAGGUCGCCCAGUAUGGCAUGAUGAAAGUGCACCAAGCUCAGCCAGUAAAGAAGACCCACCAUAAUGAGUCCUCGCCGCCGACGAAACCUGUUGUGCUAUCACCGGUGAGAGCACAGGCCGAAGUCCAAGCGAGACCGACAUCGAUAAAUCAGUCUCCUGCACAACCGUUUGACACCUUCACUCGCGACCGGGAUAAUUCUUCUAGGCAGCAGAUUGAACAAGCGCAGAGCCAACCUCGCCAAUUGGAAGGCGCGAUUCCUCAGGGUCCAAAAGCGACGCAAGCUCAACAAGCUGCUUGGACACCUGCAACAGCACCACAGCCACGACCUUGGACAUCGCAAGUUUGGGGCCCGCUGCAGACGAAGGAGCGCGCCCUUGGAAACGGAACGUUCAACUCUCCGUUCAGUCAAGGUCAACCUCGCACUGGUGCUCAACCGCAGCUUCCUGCGCAACCUUCAUCUGCACCAACCGCUCCUAUCGGUUUGAGCACAGUGGCUCACCCAUCGGCCUUGGCACCCACGAACCAAACAUUUGCAGCAAAGCCAAUGUAUCCUCAAUCAGCACCGCUGCCAGUGCAAGCUGUUGCGCCACCGAAACCUGGUCCCAUCGCUCCACCUCCAGCAGCAGCAGCCGCCACCAAAGGCUGGGGUGACUUCCUUACGCACAUUCGCAACGAUGACGCAAUCAUGGUUCACAAGGCACGACAGGAUUUCGACCGCCUGGGUGGGGAGACGUUCCGACCUGAGAUUCGCGAGACCUACAAAGACCAGAAAGGCAAGGCUGAGACAACAUUGCAUGACAAAGUAGGAGGCAAGGCGGCUCUGUUCGAAGCCGCUACCAAGUCCGGCCCGCCUGCAGUAGUCGAGCUCAAGCCGAGAGAUGAAGUCAACAAGCCAGCCCAUGAAGUACCUUCGCCACAACAGGCUCUGGGCCAAGCGACUCCGCUCCAACAGGCCUCUGGCUCUCGUUUCUCGCGAUUUUUCCCUCGCCCAAUUGAAACGGCCUCGCAUACAGCGACGACUGCAUCGAACAAGAUCAAUUCGCCUCCACCUCCUCCUGAGACCGAGAGUCACCCAGCAUUUAGCGGAGAUACGCAUCAUCCGCUUGUCAGACUACCCAAGCCAUCGCCUCGAGUGCGACUGCCACCGCCAGUCAUAGAGCAUGCUGCGCCUGCCGAAGCUCCAGUGAGCAUGCCGCCUCGUGGCCAGCCUGGAAUAGGCUCUCGACCCCUUGCCAUGAACCCGGAAUGGCAGGCUAGGUUUAAUCAACUCCUCCAUAAGCCAGGUUCAGCGCCUGUGCCAGUCCCUGCUGCAAGGCCAGCUGUUGCAACACCAUCGGUCGUUUCCUCAAAGCCAAACUCACUCGCCGUGGCUGCUCUGUCCAAAGCUACAUUAGACGUUCGAGGCAAUGUCGGGUCUGCGGCGACCGUCUCCUUGCCCAACGCUCCUCCCAGACGCAACGUAGAUUCUCGUAGCAAAGAGGUCAUCACGCGCAACGGCACUGAAGCGCUGUUUGAAGAUCGCGAGUUUGGCUCACUGCCCACUGUGAAGCUGUCGAAGGUCCCUCACCUUGCAGCCAACAAAGCUGCCGUUAGCGCUCCUAAAGACAAGGACGAUUCGCGCUUUCUCUACAAGAGGUGGGAGAACCCGUUCACGACUCGCAGGCUCGAGGCUUUCGACACGGAAAAAGGCACCCCCAAGGUUGAAGUAACCAUCCACCUCUCCACUACGCGCGAACCUGUCACCAAGCAGAUGUUCAAGAAGUACCGUGGUGGUCCGAGGAGUAAUGUACAGCACAAGCCCCAGCGCACCAGCGCUCCGAAUGGUUUGCCUACCAAUGGCUCCAAAGACCGCUCCCGCAAACCGUCUCAGCAGUCUCAGCAGCCCCAAGGAGUCAGUUCCAAGAGCUCGCCUCGUGCCCCUGCAGCGAACACAUGGUCGACGAACAAUCGUCCUGCGCCGCCGCCGUCGCAGCCGCAGCAACAGAAGACCUGGGCUAGGCUUUUAGCUGCACCUGCUUCUGUGAACUAA